AUGAGCCAUUUUCUGGAACAUCUGCGCCAAGUUGUGCGGCAAGCCAGGCGGCAUCCGUCUUCCCAGCGUCCCAGGAAAUCACCCAUAACGUCGAAACCUGCGAAUAGCACUCCGGCUAUCUGGGAGAAGCUUCCUGUGGACGUUCUAGUCAAGAUCCUGGUCCAAUGCGACCUGGAAGAGAUCCAUUCCUUCUCGGCGACAUGCCGCCUUUUACACCAGCGCAUCUAUAGCAUUGAGCCUACUAUAGCCAAGGCCUAUCUCCAACGCCGGAGGCGCGAGGAUCGAUAUACCGCUCCGCUAAAUCAAGAGAGUCGCAUCGCUGCUGGUGAUGACCUCACCUUCAUAUCCGACCUCUUCCCGCCGCCACCUCCCCACUACACCCCGAGUGGUACGCUGCAAGAAUCCCCCGACUAUUCGUUCGGGUACCUGACCGAUCUCGCGCGGUGCUGGCGGACAUGCAUCCGGCUGUCUUUUUACCUCGCUGAGUACCUCGUCCAGCAUUACCUGGAGACCAACUCGGUAGCCCGGGAAUUGUGGGCCUCCUCCAAGACAGAGAAGGAGUAUGUGUAUAGCAAGGGCGUCGGUGCGCUGCAAGCCCGCCUGCUUCCGUCCAUAGCCUACCUCGUCUACUUUCUAGAAUCCUGCGCCGACACAACCACCCCGACGCACUCGCUCGACCUGCAGGAACGCAUCCUGCAGGCACCCCCCUUCACGGAUGCAGAGGUGCUCCUCUCCACCCACCACACCAUGCACACCCUCAUCCACACGGUCCGCCACCUGAUGGCCCCAGACAUCCCCUACACCUCGUCCCCAACAUGGGUGAGCCUCCUGCUCACCACAUCGACGCUCGAACGCAUCGUGGAUCUGUUCGCUGCUGUCGCUGCAGAUUCCCAGCCCGAAGCCCAGACGAAGAAGAAGUGUGAACACAAUCAACCACACCAGCAUCACGAUCGAACGCAGGCGCAAGCGCACAACAAUUCCCACAAACAACCCCAUCACGAACCCAAUCCCAGCUCCCCCCACUCCCACUCCCACCACACCUCCACCAGCUCAUCCCACUGGUCCCACCGCAUGGACUUCCUCUGGCAGAUGCGCCGCGACUACGGCGACUUCCUGGCCUCCCUGGUUGGACCCGACCACCACCACCACCACGAGGACCUAGACCUGGACACCGGCCACUCGCGCAUGGUGCCCCGUUUGCAGGCGAUCUGGUUUGAGGCGGCGGAGCGCGAGAUCCAGGCGAGGGGUCUGGGCGGGCAUGCGCCGGAGGUGGUGUCGGUCUUGCAUGGGGGUGGACCGCGCUUAGGGUGUGCAGUUUGUUGUUCGUAG